AUGGGGGAUAACUCAGUGCUGAUUGACACCUUGCUGCAACGUCUGUCAUCUGCCUUCAAGAUAAGGGACUUGAGGACGCCAGGAUUCUUCCUCGGUAUUGAGACAUUAGCGGUUCAUGGAGGUUUGGUUCUGUCUCAACGUCGCUACAUUGGUGACUUAUUAAAGCGGGCCGGAAUGACUGACUGUAAACCUCUUGCCACUCCCGCAUCCGUGACGCAGUAUAGACGCUUGGCCGGGGCACUCCAGUAUUUGACUAUAACACGUCCGGACUUAUCUUAUUCGGUGAAUCAUUUAUGUCAGUUUAUGCAUGCUCCUACGACUGAACAUUGGGGUCUUUUAAAACGGGUUUUAAGGUAUGUUAAAGGCACGAUGGACUACGGACUACACAUGACCCCGUCACUAUCAAAUGAUAUUCACGCCUUCUUCGACUCUGAUUGGGCGGGGUGUCCUAUUGAUCACAAGUCCACAAGCGGAAUGCUGUCUUUCUCGACUCCAACCUGGUUUCGUGGGUAUCGCGCAAGCAGCGCACUAUGGCCCGUUCCUCAACUGAAGUUGAAUAUAAAGGUCUGGCCGACGUAUCUGCUGAGGUUACCUAAGUCAUUUCGUUAUUAA